AUGUCCGAUCAGACACGACAACUGUCUUCGGUCUUAGACACGCUGCUGCGUCAGCAAUCGGAGGGUAAGACUCAAGAUUCAAACUCGUUGAAUGCGCUCCUUAAUAGCGUGCUACCAGCGUACUCAAAGAAGCCUCUAUCCCUUGAAGAACAGGAGGUGGUGAUUAAGAUAUUCCAAGCAAUCCAUCUGCUCACGUCCAGAAGCCCAUCCUUGCUUUUUGAAAACAACAGGUACAAGGCCGUCGUGAAUGGAUUCAAGUGUUUUUAUGAUGCGCGGUACCACGGCCCCGAGCUAGCACUCAAGGCAACUGAGUCCUUGAAACAGAUUAUUAACGAUCAGUUCAGAGGAAGACUGGCCUCCAGCUUCCACUUGGAUCUUGUGAAGAUGGAACUGAUUGAAUUACUCAAUGACAAUUUGAACUAUGUACUUGAGAGCAUAACCAACUCGACCGCCUCAAAACCAGUUGAUCUGAAUUAUAUCACCACUACCAACGAUUACAGGUUUUCCAGAUUAAGCAUUUCCACGCGCCUUCUUCAAGUUCUUCUUGAUAUCUCACUUGAAGAUGCUUUAUUACUUCACUCGCAGAAUACGUUCACGAUGGAGACGUUUAUUGGUCGCCUUUGGUUCUGUAUGGAUAAUGUGGUUGUGAACCUCAAGUUUAACAGCGAGGAGUCUGGAGACACAUCAGAUAUCCUGUCGCAGACAUCAGUGGAUAUGAUUGCUGCUAAGUUUGAUGUACUCUAUACCACCCUUUUACAAUCUACAGGAAACUACACUUUCGAUGAUGCGUUUAUACAACACACUCGCGUGGAGCAAUUGCUAUUCAAGUGUAAGGAUCUACUCAACUGGCCCUUACUCUCGCGGUUCCCUAAACUACAAGUGACUCUUGCUGCAACCUUGAUGAAGCUAUUUAUCAAAUGCAAAGAAACGGACACUUUGUGCUAUUUUUGGAAUAAGCUGGCGAUCACCACUGAAAAGAUGGCACAUGUUAACCAAGCGCCAUCCAAUUUAGGUCUCGACUUGAUUAUUGUAAUCAACAUAUUCCUCAUCUUGAAUAUGAAAGUUGGGAAGAUAGACAACAUGGGAAGCCGCGCCACAUUUGCGACCCUUUAUUCAGACUCCUAUGAAAUAGCGUUCAGACCCUUUUCGGCGGAGGGUCUAGAAGUAUUACGAAACGAGCUUCUUCUUUGCGCCCUAGAAGAUUUGUUAGAGCCAGAUCUGGACAUGUUGUUAUCGUUGUCAAACUCCAAGUCAAUGGUCAAUCUGGUUGAUUCGACUGACAGAAAUUUGAAGGGCAAGGAGAUUCUGGCUUUGGAUUAUGAGAACAAACCGGAAAUUGUUGAUUUGACUUCAAGCUCUAACCUUUCGCAACGGACGAUCUCAGAUUCCAAGCUGAAAACUUGGAUUUCUGAGCUAAAGAGCGCGAAGAAGAAUGGCCAGUUCGAUGUCAUUUGCAGCUCACAGCUUGGGAAAAUCUGUAUGGUUUCUGCGAUUGGAAGGUAUGCUUGCUUGGUAGCUGAGGAUUAUGAUUUCAAGAGUAAAAUAUGCGGCAAGUGUGAUUAUGCUCCAGAUAAAACAGUUUACUUGCUUGAUACAGUCCAUCCUAACAGGCCUUCAAUUGAUUCCCGUCCUGAGAUCAAUUCUGCGUUCACCAUACUGAUUGACACUUUUAUAUCGGAUUUAACAUCAUUGAAUGAUGAACAGUUGAUCGUGUCCAUACUCAUCGCCCUUCGCCGUAUAUUUUGUUCAUUUCGCCCACCUUCACUGAAAAAUUCAGUCAAACUUUGGAGAUUUCUUGAAGCUUGCUUCAUUAGCGUUGUUCGAGAGAUUCGUCUUCUUACUGUCAAAAUCUUUCCGCUUCUUCUCUUAUCCGUUGAGGAUAACCAAUAUGAGUCUGACUUUGACAUCGUGUUGAAGUAUCUAAGCAUGUUCAAGAUAUCGAGAAAAACGGCAUAUCUUUUCGAAGGUAUCAUCAUGUCUUGGGGCGAGCUUAUUAUGAUCAGCCGUCUUGAGGGCAAGCAAUAUGUUAUGCUCAAUCACUUAAUACAGUACAUGGGCGACACUGACCAAUUUAGAUCAAACCUUUCCUUUCAUGAAUUACGCCUUGUCGCUUCCACCAAAAAAUUGACAGCUUGGAAAUUGGUUGAGCCUUUUAUCCCAUUGAUUAGCUAUGAAUUAAUCCAAAAGAGGAACACGCACCCAAACAUGCUCAGAAUCUUUUGCGAUUGUAUCAAGAUGGACGUCGAUGUAUUUCUCAAUAGGGUGAUGGAAUUCACUGUUCCACUUUUCAUUCAGUCCUUUUCCGAAGAUCACAUAGGGUUUAUUGCUGGACAUGUUGGUAAAACUAGAUCACAGCUUGUAACAAGCCACAUUGAAAAGGUUUUGGCUAUAUUGCUGACUGCGGACCAGAACAUCGAUGCUAGCAAGAUCAUCAAAAUUUUGGCCUUGUCAAAUCCAAAAUACAAAGGAAUGAAUUUACGAAUACUUAUUAGCGAGUGUCGCGUCAUGGAUCUGAUCUGGGAGUUGCUGAGUCUCUACAAUUCUGAGCAAAUGAAGCCGCGUAUCAGAAAUGCCAUACUGUAUGCCUGCAUGUCUCGCCACAUUGGAGACAUGUCUGUCAGCGAUGAUGAUGAAUUUCUGAACAGAGAAAUGGAUUUGAUGAUUUUGGGUAUUGUUCAAUCGUUCUCAGCUAUCAUAUAUGACCAUAGGGGUAGCAGGCCUUACUUAUUGAAAGUUCAGGCAAUCCGAGCAAUCCGUUGCAUUGCAGAAAUAUCGACAAGUUUCCAAACUUGCCUCUCUCAAAUAAUGACUUGCUUGCAAAUUGCUCUUGAGUCUCCAGAACUCCAACUAGAAAGUUUGGAGUGCUUACAUGUCCUUGUUUCUAAUCUGGGUUACUCACCAUUAUCCAUCAUUGUUGAUUUGCUCAUUUCAUACCUGAUUCAGAAGUACCAGUUCUUCAACAUCAAAUGUAAGGAUAUUGCACGAAAUAUUCUUAUGACAAUACUCGAAAAGGAUCCAAAGAUAAUGAAGGAACACCCUUCGUAUAUUUAUUCUCUUUCAUUGAUUAGCGAUUUCGACAACAUCACAAACAAAUAUGAUAUCAAGAACCAUAAUAUUCUUGUCGAAUUUGAUAGGAGAUUUCAGGCGGAUAACAAGUGGGUUGUGUUACAGGUGCUUGACGACUUCAAGAACUUCCUCGACUCUCAUCAAUUGGAUAUUCAUAAAACAUAUCUAAAUGACUCUCGGCUUCUGCCUUUGUUUUCAUCGCUUCUUGCACAUAUCAUGGCCGUUUCCAACAAAUUCUCUAUGACAAAUAUUGAGAUUCCACGCAAAUGUGCUGAAGUUUUGGCAUGCUUGGGUGCACUUGAUCUCACGAAGGUUGGACAUUAUUUCAACAGGGCGUAUAAGAGAAUAAUUUUAGUGUCCAAUCUAGGCAAUCACAGAGAGAUGGCCGAGUUUUCUGUCUAUUUCUUGAACAAUAUCCUUGUCAAAGCAUUUGUUGCUUCUACGGAUCCCCAAAAGCAGCUAUUUUUGGCAUACUCGAUGCAAGAAUACCUGAAAAUUCUUGACUUCACACCUGAAAACAUUCAGAGCAAGGAAGCCCCUGAAAGUCUUGUUUGGGCCAAGUUGAAUAAUCUAUCUCAAACAGUUCUUCGUCCGCUGCUGGUUUCUCGUUACAUGAAGAAUUCUUAUGGCUAUAUGGCGCUGACUUACCCUUGCUAUAAGAACACAAAGAAACAUUCGUUCUGGAUUCGCGAGUUCACCGAGGAUCUACUUCACAGAUCUGAAGAUGUUCGAAAAUUACCCAAAUAUGCCAAGGCGAUAUUUGCUACAUGUUCCAUUAUUAUCAAAGACCAGGAUCUAUCCAUUGCUGAAUUCCUGCUGCCUUAUACGGCUCUCAUGAUGAUUGUUUAUGGCGAUGAUAGGAUGAAGGCUGAUAUCGAAAUCGAGAUGAUAACCGUGUUGAAUGAAGAUCUGGAGCUUCUGUCCAACGAUUCGGCCAUUGAGAGCCUAAAAUCAUGUUACAGGACAGUGUUUUCGAUUGUUGACUACUUCAGAGAGUGGGUUUCUGAAAGGAAGAGAGAUAAGAAAUACCUCCAAAGUAAUUUUGUGGACGAGCGGAAAAAGAUUGAAAGCUUUCUUUCUUUGCUCCCGUCUGAGCUUUUGGCUAAACGCACUGCUCAGUGUAACUCUUAUGAGCGAGCAAUAUUCAACUUGGAACAAAGUUAUGCUCACGACAAAAUGGACAAGGACGAGUUUUUUACCACGAUCCGACACAUGUAUGCUGAAAUCAAUGACACAGAUGCUUUACAGGGAGUUCUCAAAAAGUUUUCAACAGAGAGUUUGAACGAUAAGCUUCUUCAAUUUCAGUAUUCCGAAGACUGGAGAGUCACGCAAGAAUCCCUAGCUGCGCUGACCGAAAUUGAUUACGGGGACAAUGGUCGCAAACUAGAUUCAGUUACAUCUCUUCUGAGAUGCCUCGAUGAUCAUUGCGAAUAUGAUCAGGUGCUUUCCAAGCUCCGUGAAUUCGAGUCGUCGACACAAGAAUUUGAGCCCACAAAGGAUUGGGUUGUAUGCGGAUUACAGGCCUCAAUCUUCAGCGGCCAGCUUGAGGAACUCAAGAGAUGGGUCUCUCAUUCACAAGAAUUCCCAUCCAUUACCUCACCUGGAUCGUCAUUGUCUAUUUAUUACGAGUUUGCUCGAGGUUUGAUAACCCUAAGUGAAAAUAACCUAAAGGCUUGCGACGAGCAUAUCUCUAAUGCCAUCAUUCACCUCGGAGCUUCGCUGUCAGUUUCACGCGAGAUGUCUCCGUCGAAAAUUUCAAACUACAUGGUUAUGCUCCAUUGCUUGUACGACUUCAGAUCACUAGUCUUUGUGGAGAACAAGCAACGACUACAGAACUGUAUGGAUUUGCUGCAAUUAAGAGCUAAAAACUCCACCAAGGACUUCAAAAUCAAUUGGAAGAUUCACUCACUUCGCAAGUCGAUAGAGAAAUUGCAUCCACAGGAUGUUGUUCGCGCAUUUUUGGGCGACACGAUGGUGCAGGGAUCCCAAUUCCUACGACAAGCUGGAAAAUACGAUCUUGCAACGAAGAGUAUCACGAACGCAUUAUUCAUUGGUACGUCGUCAGAGCUAAUGGUUAACUUGGAAUUUGCUAAACUGCUUUGGGCCCAAGGCGACCACAGUCAGGCACUCAAAAUAAUCAAAAGCCUACAAGAAUUGGCGAAACCUGGUAAAUCACCGGAGAUUCAACUUACAUACACGGAUUGGCUGGAGCAAUCGGCUAAUGGAAGUUCGGAUGAAAUUAUAAAAGGAUAUGAGGCUGCUGCUGCUCUAGAUCAUGUUACUGGAAAACCACAAUACUAUUUGGGCCGUUACUAUAACAAACUUCUCGACGCUCAAGCUGUGGAGACCCCAGGGUUGAAAAAACCAGAAAAAGAUUUCUAUGGAGACCUGGAAUUCAACAUCAUUAAAGCAUAUAUAAGAUCUGCUGCCCUUUCUAACAAUUAUGUGUUCGAGGUUCUUCCUAAGGCCGUGACAAUUUGGCUGGACUAUUUUGCCAAGUAUCAAAACGCAAGUGAGCUGACGGGCUACUCUCAUGAAACAAUCUACGCUAGGAGGAGGGAUAAUUAUUCAAGCAUUCUAAAAUUUGUGAAAGCGGCGGCAUCUAAGAAUGAGCUACCAAUUUACAAAUGGUAUACUGUCCUUUCGCAGCUCAUCUCUCGCAUGGUUCAUGGUGACUCUGAAACCGAACUUGUUAUCUUGAAUGUCAUCACUCAAUUGGCUAAAGCAUACCCAGAAGUGGUCCUAUACUCCGUUUAUGCACAGGUUCAAUCUACUUCAGCUGAAAGAGCGAAACGUGGUAAACAAAUAUGCGAAACUCUACAAAAUAACAAGAAUGCAACAUUGUCAAAGCAAGUUCACUCAGCAUUCCAACUUCUUGAGGCGCUCAAGGGAGUAUGUCAGGCAGACAUCAGCAGACAGAAAAGAACAAAAAUGCAUCUGUAUUCAGAGCUAAGAUUUUCAUACCCAGAAAACCAGGAGUGCAGAGCGUUGGCAAUUCCGAUUAGAGUGAACUUCCAGAAACUGCUUGCGACAGGCCUGAAUAGCAAUGUGCUGAGAAAGUCAAACAAUUACCAAGUCGACAAAUUCAUUGCAUUUAAUAAUUUUGACUCCAAAGUGAGCAUUCUCUCUUCCAUGCAACGACCCAGAAGAUUGUACAUUACGGGUACUGAUGGUCGCAGGUACAGCAUUCUUUGCAAACCUCAUGACGACUUGCGAAAAGACGCCAAACUUAUGGAGUUUACUACCGUGAUGGACAGAUUGUUGAAACUGGACGCUGAGGCAGAGAAAAGAAGUCUGACCAUUAAAAACUAUGCAGUUGUGCCGUUGAAUGAGACAAUGGGUCUGAUCGAAUGGGUUGAUAACGUGCGCACUAUGAGAGAUAUCAUGUUGACCUACCUUCAAAGACAGGGAAUAACAGUGGACUUUGGAAAGAUCAAGCAGUUAUUGAACGAAGAUCUUUCUAUAGGUGAGAAAAUACACAAUUUUCAGAAAUUGUUGCGCAUGUAUCAACCAGUGCUCCAAAUUUGGUUCCAGGAUCAGUUCCCUAAUCCCGUGAAUUGGUACCAAUGUCGCAACGAUUAUGUGAAAACGUGUGCAGUCAUGUCCAUUGUCGGAUACCUGGUGGGAAUGGGUGACCGACAUGGCGACAACAUAAUGUUGAGCGAGUUAUCUGGACAGAUCUUGCAUGUGGAUUUCGAUUGUUUGUUCGAUAAGGGAAAGAAGCUUGCCGUUCCAGAGCGUGUGCCGUUCCGUCUUACGCAGAAUAUGACGGCGGCGAUGGGAGUCACCGGUUAUGAAGGAACGUUUAGGAAGACUUGCGAAGUGACAAUGAAGAUCAUUCGACAAAACGAGAAUAGCCUCAUGAACGUCCUGGAAACUUUCUUAUACGAUCCAAUCAUGGACUGGAAGGUGAAGCAGAAGAAACGGAGGUCCACAGAAGAGACUGAUUCAAAGGGCUUGCAACCACAGGUGGCUAUGGAUACCAUCAGAAGGAAAAUCAAAGGGAUCCUUGAUCCAAAGGAUUUGGACACGGGCGCAAAAGACAGCGGAGGGCUGUCAGUUUCGGUGGUGGCCCAUGUUGACGCAGUGAUCCAACAAGCAACGUCAGUCGAAAAUUUGUCACAAAUGUAUAUUGGCUGGAUGCCAUUUUUAUGA